UAUUAAGCUGUUGUUGCUAUUUUUAUAUUAAUAUCAUAAGUACUAUUUUUCAGAAUAUUAUGACAGGACUAAAUACGGAUAUUCUUCAGUAUAUUGUAUUAUUAAUAACAGUUUAUCUUAUGUUGUAUGUUAUUUGUAUGAAUGGUGAGCGUUUUUCUGAAGAGGGAAAUAAAAUUAGUCAAGCAUUUUACAAUUUUACUGACUGUGACUUCCAUGAUAUUAAAAGCAAGAAAAAAAUAAUAUUUUCUCUACUGAGAUCACAAAAACCACUUACACUUAAAGCUGGAAAAUUUUCCAACUUUGAUUAUGGAACGUUAUCUAAUAUCACUAAAUCAGCGGUUGGAUACUUGUCAGUACUUAGAAAAUUGUUAAUGGAUUAAUUUAUUUAUUUUGAAUCUAGUUGAAGUAUUUCUAAAAUCUAGUGGUUAUUAAUAUAUAUAAAUUUUGUUGAAGAAAUUUAUA